GCUACUUUGAAGUUCGCAUUUUUUAAAGAAAUUGCAGCAAUUUUCAUAUUUGUCAUUUUGGACAGUAAUUUAAACUUUGACAAUCAAAAGCUCUCCUGUAAUUGACAAAGUGAUAAAUUGAUGGAUUUUCUAUAUUUCAUGCAUAAUUUGUAUAAGACAAUUAGGCCGCCUAGAGCCGCACGUGCACACACUUCAAAAGAAGAACUCUCGGAAGACCGUGAAACCCGCCGACACCUCGCGGUGACUUUGGAUAGAUAUCAGAUUUAUUUGACAAAAAGGCAUUGCAAGCCAGUCAUUUGGAUUCAGUGUUAAAUAGCCUGCAUAUUAGCAUUGCCGAAAAUAUGAUCUGCAGCAAUCAAUUUGAAUGCAAUGAAAAAUUAAAAACCAUAAAGCGGGCAUAAAGUUAAUUUUCUGCCUGUGGGCGCUCAGGUGUUUAUGAUGGUUUGAAUUGAAGGUAAAAAUGCAAUUUGUUCCCAGUGGGGAAAGUUUGAAUUAAUUCAAUAAGAGUCAUUUGAAUUAAUUCACAAAUCACAUCACUAAUUUAAUUCAUUUGAAUUAAUUCCUGCCAACCCUGCGCCAGUGUGACUAAUACUAAUGAUAAUUUUUGAUAACAUUAUAUUGAUGUUGUCACCAUGAUAAUUCAAUUCAAAGGCGACUCCACCAAUUCCAUUUACCCGAUUUUUUUAGGAAACCCAAUCUCUCACAAUGUUUGGAAGUGUUCAUGAGUUUUAUGAAUCAAAUCAACAAGAUAUUUCGAAGACUAGUUGGUAGGACAGCAAUCACGUACAACAUGGAAUCAGCUGACGAUUACCUUUAUUAUUCCCAAGAAAAGCUGAAAAACUUGAUUCAAGCGAAUAAAAAUAAGGAUUUAGGCGUUUUAGAAUAUUUGCAGAACGUCAAGUAUGCCCCAGUCCAAGAUUUCGCUCCAGGCUUAGAAUGGUUCAACGUCACUAAACCCCUGUCUUUUGGACAACACCUGAAAGGGAAGAUAGUUCUACUAGAUUUUUUCACAUACUGCUGUAUUAAUUGUAUGCACAUUAUCCCUGACCUCAGAGAAAUUGAAAAUGAGUUCUCUGUUGAAGAUGGCUUGGUUGUGAUUGGUGUUCACAGUGCCAAAUUUGAAAAUGAAAAAAUAUCUUCAAAUAUCUUAGCAGCAGUCCAACGCUACAACAUUGGCCAUCCUGUAGUGAAUGAUGCAGAUUCUGCAAUGUGGAAAAACUGUGAUGUCCAUUGCUGGCCAACUCUGCUGCUGUUAGGCCCUUCAGCAAAUCCUAUAGUGAUGUUCACUGGAGAGGGCCAUAAACAAGAUCUGAAACUUGUUAUCAGAAAUGCCUUGAAGUAUUACAAAGACCAAAACAUGAUCUCUGACCAUAAACUUCCAUUCAAAUCAGCUUUUCAUUUGCUUCCAGACCUUAAGGGACCCCUCUUGUUCCCAGGAAAGAUAACAAACUUUGUGGAUGAGAACAACCAUGAACUGCUAGCAGUAGCAGAUACUGGCAAUAAUAGAAUAUUGAUAAUGAAAGAUGAUGGGACAAUUCUGCAACAAAUUGGUGGCAAGAAGAUGGGAUUCAAGGAUGGGAGUUUGGAAGAUGCUGAAUUCAAUAAUCCACAAGGGCUAGCCUUCUUGGACAAGGAUGUUCUGUUUGUUGCUGAUACUGAGAAUCAUGCCAUUAGGAAGGUCAAUUUGAAGAAAAAAGUGGUUGAAACUGUAGCAGGGACCGGGUUUCAAGGACAUGACGACAAAGGGGGCAAACUGUGGACCCAACAGGCGAUUUCCUCUCCGUGGGACGUUUGUGUUUACAAAACGUCAGACAUGGACCUCACCUUCCACGUGGAUGGUAAACCGCCGACCCGUGAAGUGCUGAUCAUCGCAAUGGCGGGUACCCAUCAAAUAUGGGCACUGUUCCUGCAAGAUACUGUGUGGUGGAAAUGUAGAAAACAUCCAGCCGGCACUUGUAUCAACAUAGCUGGAUCAGGAAGAGAGGAAAAUAGAAACAACAAUUAUCCACAUGCUGCUGCUUUUGCACAGCCUUCAGGUCUGGCUUUGUGUACAAACAAAAAGGAGGUUUAUAUUGCCGAUAGUGAGAGUUCCAGUGUCAGAAGACUUUCCUUGAUAGAUGGAAAAGUCACGCCUGUCGUUGGAGGAGACAGAAAUCCUAAUAACCUUUUCGCUUUUGGUGACAAAGACGGCACCCUUUAUGACGCCAAACUCCAACACGUGCUUGGUCUAGCAGCCACCUCAGACGAAAAAACCCUUUUCGUAGCCGACACCUACAACCACAAACUAAAACUCAUUUCCGUGGAGGAAAACAAAGUAAUCUCUUUGACCGUACCCUCGAUAGACACCACAGAUGGCACCGCUCGCAGGUUCCGGGAACCAGCAGGAUUAUGCCUCAGCAGAAACGACAAAAAAUUGUAUUUGGCUGAUACCAAUAAUCAUGAAAUCAAAGUGUUGCACCUGGACGCGAAGAAACAGGUUACCAGCGUGGAAAAACUGGUUUUAACCCACACGGACAAGGAAAAGCCGGGGAAAUCCAAGCAUCAAAUCGUCACUAGCGCUCCUGUGAAAAUCAGCUCCAAGGGCGGUAAAAUCCUGCUGAAAAUCAACCUAGUGCUGGAAAAUGGUUUGGGGUUGACCGAGGGGGCUCCGCAAUCUUGGUACGUCGAUCUGACGGAUACCACGUGGUCAGCAGUACCCAAAAAUGGUACCGAUUUGGCCGAUAUCGAUGUGGUGGUCAGCGUUCCCGGGAACGCACUAUGCCCUGUGGAUUUUGUGUUUGAUUUGGUGACUUGCACUGAGGAAAGCUGUUUGCCUAAGAGUUUUGUUUUGAGGGUGCCUGUGGAGGGUGGGGGGGAUGGGGGUACUAGCGUUAGUGAGAAUGUUGAUGUGAUAUUGAGCCAAAAUAAUUUGAUGAUUAGGUGAUUAUCAAUAGAUAAUUUGAUGAUUAGGUGAUUUUUUUGCAAUAUUUACAAUAAUAAUAAUAAUUAGGGAGCUUCAUUGGAUACUCAAAAGCCAACCGACCGAGGUCCUUCAGCCUGUGUUACACAGUGAUUAUACAUUGAGUUUAAAUUCAUCAUUAUUGUAUGUACAAGAUAAAUGGAAUUAUUAAAUUUGCUGGUACAAUAAAAAAAAGAAGAAAAGUCUAUUGUGAUUUGUGAGGCAAGAAUUUUGAAGGAAUUUAGUCUUCUGAAUUGAUUAGGCAUUCCAAUAGUGUGUUUUUCGGAAACUUAUGUCUUGGGUUCACUGUUGGAUCUCUCUGUAAACACUGGAUUUGGAUAAUUUGGAAAUUGGAUUUUUGGAAAACUUCAAGGUUAGCUUUUUUAGUCUCUCAAAAAUUGGUUGCACCCUGGUCCAUCGAAGUUUUGCUACAAAUGUGAAAGAACUUUUGGAAAAUACUGAAGAAUGUUGAUGAAAAAUAAAUGGUUUUGGGACGGCCUUUUUAUCAGACUUGGAAUUACAAAUUGUUGUUUUGUAAACCUAUACCGGGUGACACAGGGUAUCGGGCCACCUCUGUAACUUCUGCUUUCGUCAUCGGAUUUUUCUGAAAUUCGGUACAGUUAUAUAAGCAAUUAUUUCGGAUUUGAUCACAUUACAAUCCAAUAUUGCGGACUUCCGGUAUUGAUGGAAAUGCCAGCAACUUUGUUCUUUUAAAUGAAACACCCUGUAUAUUUUUACAUAUUCAAGUUCAACAGGUCGAAACAAGUGCAAUCUUUAUUUCAAAUGUCAUUUUUUUCGAAAAAAAUUAAAUUAAAAUUGUUUUUUCAUUUUACCUCGUGGAUAAAUGAGAUGUGGUCAAGACUAUUCACAAUGAGUCACACAUAACAGAAGAACAUAAUUUUUUCUGAAAAAUUAUUUGUUGUGUCACUUAUCCAGGAAUCAAUUCAGCCACAUCACUUUUUGAUCAAAAAUUAUUUUUUUUCAAAUGGAACCCCUAUGGGCCACCUACCCGUUUCUCUAGAACAUACAUUAAGGAACAAAAUAAAAUAUCAUUUUUGUUUUUCGGUGCAGUGACAAAUUGUAUACAUUCAAAAACUAUAGUUUAUGAAUUUCCUCGCAGUUAGAAUAAUUAGGCUGUGGAAUAAAUGACAUUUGACAUCAAGAUUGCACUUGUUUUGACCUGUUGAACUUGAAUAUGUAAAAAUAUACAGGGUGUUCCAUAUGAAAAAACAAAAUUGCUGGCAUUUCCAGAAAAACCGGAAGUCCGCCAUAUUGGAUUGUAAUGUGAUCAAAUCCGAAAUAGUUGCUUAUAUAACUUUACCGAAUUUCAGAAAAAUCCGUUUGACGAAUGCAGAAGUUACAGGGGUGGCCCGAUAACCUGCUGUGUCACCCGGUAUAUAAUCAGUAUUCAAGGAUAUAAUCUAUGGUAAAGGCUCAUAAAAACGCUAAAAUGUAUUAUUAUGACUGUUCUAAAUAACAUAUAUUGAUAAAUUUUAUCUUUUAUCUUCUAUUGUUAUUUUGAUUAUUAUGUUUGAUAUGGAAUAGUUAUUUGAUAGAUGUGCGAUGUGCAGGAAUCUUCAAUUUUCAUUUUUAUUGACUAAUACAGUAUGCAAAUCAAUAAAUGUCUUCUUCAGUUCAUUAAUUAUAAUACAUGCCCAAUAUAAUGUAUAUUUUAAGAAUUGCAAUAUUCUCAUCUUUGUAUUUAUAUAGGAAUUCUCUUUGGAAUAUCAAUCACAUUUUUCCUUUCCAUUAUAUUUCAAAAUCGAAGUGUCUCUUUGGAAGUAUAUUAAUAAUAAGGGUCUGCAAUGCCCCCAAUUGGAGGUAUAUAUUAAUUAGGAUAAAGGAUUAAAAUUCGAUGAUGACAACAAUCUUUAAUUAUUAUUCCAGUAGAGUUCAUAGCCUUUUGAAGUUUUUGCAGUAAAUUUUCUCGGAAAG